GUAAAUUUUACUCUAUGGUGUACUCUUUGAGUCAGAUGUUUUUCCCUUGACAGUGACAGUGACGUCUUAUUGUUGAAAAGCGAAGUAGUGUUUCUUAAUUUUUUGAGCUGUAUAUGAACAAGUGAAAUAGCUGUCUCGUUUGUUAAUUCUGCGUUUGUAAAAGAAAGUUUUUCGCUAUGGGGGCUGUGUUAGGACUAUGUUCUGCAGCACAGUUGGCGUGCUGCUGCGGCAGCGCGGCUUGCAGCCUGUGCUGCUCCGCCUGCCCGUCGUGCCGCAACUCCACCUCCACGCGGCUCAUGUACGCCAUCAUGCUGCUCCUGGGCAUGGUCGCGGCCUGCGUCACCCUGUCGCCCGGCCUGCAGGACGCCCUCAAGAAGGUGCCAUUUUGCUCGAACACGUCAGCGGUGCAUAUCUUUGACUGCAAUUCUGCGGUGGGAUACUUGGCUGUGUACCGGCUGUGUUUCGUGCUGACAUGCUUCUUUGUGUUGAUGGCUGUCAUGAUGAUAGGUGUGAAAUCUUCUAAGGACCCCAGAGCUGGUAUUCAAAAUGGAUUCUGGGGUCUCAAGUAUUUGCUUGUCAUUGGAGGCAUCAUCGGUGCAUUUUUCAUUCCAGAAGGUUCUUUUGGAACAACGUGGAUGUACUUCGGAAUGAUUGGUGGGUUCAUGUUCAUCAUCAUUCAGCUGAUUCUGAUUGUAGACUUUGCACACUCAUGGGCUGAAAGAUGGGUGGGCAAUUAUGAAGAAACUGAAUCCAAAGGAUGGUAUGCUGCUUUGUUGAUCUGCAUGCUUCUGAACUACGCUCUCGCGAUAACUGGGAUUGUGUUGUUGUACGUCUAUUUCACAUUGCCGGAUGCCUGCUCCCUGAACAAGUUCUUCAUCUCAUUCAACUUGAUCCUGUGCGUGAUCGUGAGCAUAAUCUCGAUCCUGCCGAGUGUGCAGGAGGGCCAGCCCCGGUCCGGGCUGCUGCAGUCAUCUGUCGUCACGCUGUACGUCAUCUACCUCACCUGGUCGUCCGUCUCCAGCCAGCCAGACAAGCAGUGCAACCCUGGCAUGCUGGGCAUUGUGGGCGAGAACAGCAAUGCCAAGAACCAGAGCAAGGUGACGUUUGACACGGAGAGCAUCAUCGGCCUGGUCAUCUGGAUGUGCUGCAUGCUCUACUCGUCGCUGAGGUCCGCCUCGAGCUCGUCCAAGCUCACCAUGACCGAGCACGUGUUGGUGAAGGACAACGGUGCAGUGCGUGGUCAAGGAAGUCAGUCAUUGGUUGAUAAUGAAGAUGGCGGCUCGGGCAUUGGUGACGGAGGGGAGAGUGGACGUGCUAAAGUGUGGGACAACGAGGAAGACGGAGUUUCGUAUUCCUGGUCCUUCUUCCACGUCAUGUUUGCGUUCGCCACGCUAUACGUCAUGAUGACGCUCACCAACUGGUACUCGCCCAAUUCAUCGUUAGAAACGCUGAAUGCUAAUGCUGCAUCGAUGUGGGUGAAGAUAAUCUCAAGCUGGAUGUGCAUCGCUCUAUAUACUUGGACCUUGGUUGCUCCCAUUGUUCUACCAGACCGCGAGUUCAACUGAGCCCAGUGAAUUCACAUAUGUAUGAUUUCGCUGUAUUUAGCACCAUCCACCUCUCUCUUCGCAAUUUUUUUUCCCUGCUGCGGCAAGUAAGCCAGAUUACGGAGGUGAAAGUUUUGAUGUGGAAAAUCUAUGAGCAUAGAGAUUUGGUUGUUGCGAUCAACUAAGUCAAUAAUUUAUUUUUAGAAUUUUUGAUUUUGGUCUUGAUCUCGGUAAUUACUUAACAUGAUCGUGUGAAUUAAGAGAAUUGUGUAGUGCAUCAUACUAGUGAUAUGUUUCACCAAAUACUUUUAACGUUCCCAUUAUUUAAAAAUGCCAAUAUUAGUGUACAGUUAAAUAAAAUAUAUAGUUUGGUAAAGCAGCAAAUUGGAGUCAUAUUAUUAUUAAGUGGUUUUUAAAUUAGGGCAUGUGUGAUAUCUGAAAACAAUUAAUAUUCUCUUAUUCUGCCACACUAUAAGUAUUUAUCUUGGCCCAUUCCUUGACGUAUUUACAACUCAUUUAGUUGUGCUCUUUACUUCAAUGGUAAGACAUGUUAGCUUGAACUGAAAUGGAGUAUGUAUUUGCUUAUAUAUGCUUAAUGGGAAUAUAUUACAUAUGGUGAUAUUCUUUUUUUUUCUGUGCUUUAGGUUUUUAUUUAUUUUUGUAAUGGUUGUCACUUAAACUACAUUGGCAUAUUUUCAAUAUACUUAAAGUGUUAUAGAUUUUAUGCUUGUUAUGCAUUGAAAUGUUAUGAAUUAAAGGAAAAUAUUGUAUAGUUGAGAGUGAUGUUAUGACAUUAGUAGUUCUUAUUUUACAUGACAUGAUCUGUACAGUUAUUACUCGCUAGUUUCAGUUUUAAAUGCAUUAUUGUGCCAGUACCUUAAACAUUGGCAUUUUGCUGUAGAAAUGGAACUGGACAAACAUAGUGGUAAUUUUCAAAGAUUUUUUUUUAUAUUUCCUUGCAAACAUAGUUGUAAUUUUCUUUUAUGCUAAUGUUGUAUGUAAAAGAUGCUGUAAUACUAUUGUGUAUUUAAAUAGAAAAAGAAUGUUUAAUGUAUACAUUAAUGCUGGACACGUGCAUAAAGUGUUAACAUAAUUAGUUGUACAUAUUUAUUGCUAUUCCAGUGUAGAAUUUUAGUAUUAAAAUUAAUAAAUUCAUUAAUUCAG